AUGGUUGAAAAAAAAGAAACUCUGGAAGUAGUCAGUUGUGAACAGGAAAGAAAGAAAUCUCAUGAAAUUAAUCAGCAGUCUUCAUGUGAUAUAAUCGUGAUUGACUCACCUUAUGAAGAAAUUAAUAAGAAUUCUUCGCAUGAUGUAAUCAUGAUCGACUCACCUCAUGAAGAAAUUAAUAAGAAUUCUUCGCACGAUGUAAUCAUGAUCAACUCACCUCAUAAAGAAAUUAAUAAGAAUUCUUUGCACAAUAUAAUUGUAAUUAACGAAGAAAUUAAUAAGAAUUCUUCACAUAAUUGGAUCAUGAUCAACUCACCUCAUGAAGAAAUUAAUAAGAAUUCUUCACAUGAUUGGAUUAUAAUCAACUAA